AUGCAUUGCUGUUCCGGAGUGGCUGCUGCAUGUCUUGCAUGUGUAGGUGUGCUGUCACUCACCAGAGUGGUGAAUCUGGAGCCAACUGAUGGGGCAGCACAGUGGUGGCGUGGAGGGACAGGCGGCAUAUGCUGGAGUGUAGUGGCUGGUGAUGAAACGCACAUCGAUGGAGGGGUCACUGGUGACAUUUGGCGUGAUGUGAUUGGACCAAAGGCAGGCACCGCAGGGGUAUGCGGGGACAUGCCAUGUGCUGAUGACGUGGCAUGUCUACACGAUGACAUGUCAGCUCCGUUUGCUGACCUCCCAGCCGUUUCCUCCUGUUCAGCUGCUGCUGCUGCUGCUGCUGCUGCUGCUGCUGCUGCUGCUGCUGCUGCUGCUGCUGCUGCUGCUGCUGCUGCUGCUGCUGCUGCUGCUGCUGCUGCCGCUGCUGCUGCUGCCGCUGCUGGGGACAUUGGUGUGUGUUGCUCGCAUUUCGGCCGUCAUUCUUGA